ACUUCCGGCUCCAGCCUCCCAACCGGCCUCCGUCGCUUUUCACUUCCCUCUCCUCAGCUCUCUUCCCUUGCCCCUACCGUCUCCUUUAACAGUCACGUGAGGGACGCGCGCGGGGGCAGCUGGGAGUAGUACUGCCGGUUGGUCAGGGUUCGGCCUCAACAUGGCGGUUCCGGCCGGGCAGUGACCAAGGUUUUGCCGUCCGAAGGACUAAGUGGUGACUGUCGGCGUCUCCACCUAUCGGGGUGGAAUGCGAGCACGCGGGGACGAGCGCUGAGAAGCGGCGGUGACGGGAAGGGGGGGUCAGUGGAUUGUGCCCCAGAAACCGAAGCGGCGGCGUCUGUUCCUUCUACUUGUUUCUAGGCUCCAGUGCGUUCGGGGCCCCGCCCGGCCGGGCCAGGCCGGCGGGCGGCGGCGGUAGCUGCUGCAGCCGCAGGAUAACCUCGCAGGGUGGGCCGGAGGGCGGGCGCCGCCGCUGCCUGUGCCGCGGCGAUGGCCCAGUGUGUACAAUCAGUGCAGGAGCUAAUCCCGGACUCCUUCGUCCCCUGUGUCGCUGCGCUGUGCAGCGACGAAGCCGAGCGGCUCACUCGUCUCAAUCACCUCAGCUUCGCGGAGCUGCUUAAGCCCUUCUCCCGCCUCACUUCCGAGGUUCACAUGAGAGAUCCUAAUAAUCAACUUCACGUAAUUAAAAAUUUGAAGAUAGCAGUAAGCAACAUUGUCACCCAGCCACCUCAGCCUGGAGCCAUCCGGAAGCUUUUGAAUGAUGUUGUUUCUGGCAGUCAGCCUGCAGAAGGAUUAGUAGCUAAUGUGAUUACAGCAGGAGAUUAUGACCUUAACAUCAGUGCCACUACUCCAUGGUUUGAGUCUUACAGAGAAACCUUUCUUCAGUCGAUGCCAGCAUCGGAUCAUGAAUUUCUGAACCACUAUUUAGCAUGUAUGUUGGUAGCGUCAUCUAGUGAAGCUGAACCUGUGGAACAGUUUUCAAAGUUGUCACAAGAACAGCAUCGAAUUCAGCACAACAGUGAUUAUUCCUACCCCAAGUGGUUUAUACCAAAUACACUUAAAUACUAUGUACUUUUACAUGAUGUAAGUGCAGGAGAUGAACAGAGAGCUGAAUCAAUUUAUGAAGAAAUGAAACAGAAAUAUGGAACUCAGGGUUGCUAUUUACUUAAAAUUAAUUCUCGAACAUCUAAUCGAGCAUCAGAUGAACAGAUACCAGAUCCUUGGAGUCAGUAUCUCCAGAAAAAUAGUAUUCAAAACCAGGAAUCAUAUGAAGAUGGCCCUUGUACUAUAACUUCAAAUAAGAAUUCUGAUAAUAACUUGCUUUCAUUGGAUGGAUUAGAUAACGAAGUCAAAGAUGGCUUACCAAAUAACUUUAGAGCUCACCCACUUCAGUUGGAACAAUCCAGUGACCCUUCUAACAGUAUUGAUGGCCCAGAUCAUCUAAGAUCUGCUUCAUCGUUACAUGAAACAAAGAAAGGAAAUACUGGAAUAAUUCAUGGUGCAUGUUUAACACUUACUGAUCAUGAUAGAAUUCGACAGUUUAUACAAGAGUUCACAUUUCGGGGCCUUUUGCCACAUAUAGAGAAAACAAUUAGGCAAUUAAACGAUCAGCUAAUAUCAAGAAAAGGUUUGAGUCGAUCUCUAUUUUCUGCAACUAAAAAAUGGUUUAGUGGCAGUAAAGUUCCAGAAAAGAACAUUAAUGACCUGAAAAAUACAUCUGGCUUGCUGUAUCCGCCGGAAGCACCAGAACUUCAAAUCAGGAAAAUGGCUGACUUAUGUUUUUUGGUGCAGCAUUAUGAUUUGGCUUACAGUUGCUAUCAUACUGCAAAGAAAGAUUUUCUUAAUGAUCAAGCAAUGCUUUAUGCAGCUGGUGCCUUGGAAAUGGCAGCAGUGUCUGCUUUUCUUCAACCAGGAGCACCUAGGCCAUAUCCUGCUCAUUACAUGGAUACAGCAAUUCAGACAUACAGAGAUAUCUGCAAGAAUAUGGUGUUGGCUGAAAGAUGUGUGUUGCUUAGUGCUGAACUUUUAAAAAGCCAAAGCAAAUAUUCAGAGGCUGCAGCUCUCCUAAUACGGUUGACCAGUGAGGAUUCUGAUCUUCGAAGUGCACUUCUUUUGGAACAGGCAGCACAUUGCUUUAUAAACAUGAAAAGUCCCAUGGUUAGAAAAUACGCGUUUCAUAUGAUAUUGGCAGGCCAUCGAUUUAGUAAAGCAGGGCAGAAAAAGCAUGCUUUACGCUGUUAUUGUCAAGCCAUGCAAGUUUACAAAGGAAAAGGCUGGUCUCUUGCAGAGGAUCACAUUAAUUUCACUAUUGGGCGCCAGUCCUAUACUCUUAGACAGCUGGAUAAUGCUGUGUCUGCUUUUAGGCAUAUUCUAAUUAAUGAAAGUAAACAAUCUGCUGCUCAACAGGGGGCUUUCCUCAGAGAAUAUCUUUAUGUUUACAAGAAUGUAAGUCAGCUGUCACCAGAUGGUCCUUUGCCACAGCUUCCUUUACCGUAUAUUAACAGUUCAGCAACACGGGUUUUUUUUGGCCAUGACAGACGACCAGCGGAUGGUGAAAAACAAGCAGCUACUCAUGUAAGUCUUGAUCAAGAAUAUGAUUCUGAAUCCUCUCAGCAGUGGCGAGAACUUGAGGAACAAGUUGUUUCUGUGGUUAACAAAGGAGUAAUUCCAUCCAAUUUUCAUCCCACACAAUACUGUUUGAACAGUUACUCAGAUAAUUCAAGAUUUCCACUUGCAGUUGUAGAAGAACCAAUUACAGUGGAAGUGGCUUUUAGAAACCCUUUGAAAGUUCUACUUUUGUUGACUGAUUUGUCAUUGCUGUGGAAGUUUCAUCCUAAAGAUUUCAGUGGAAAGGAUAAUGAAGAAGUUAAACAACUAGUUACAAGUGAACCUGAAAUGAUUGGAGCUGAAGUUAUUUCAGAGUUCUUAAUUAAUGGCGAAGAAUCAAAAGUGGCAAGACUAAAGCUCUUUCCCCAUCACAUAGGGGAGCUGCAUAUUCUGGGAGUUGUUUAUAAUCUUGGCACUAUUCAGGGCUCUAUGACAGUAGAUGGCAUUGGUGCUCUUCCCGGAUGUCACACAGGAAAAUAUUCCUUGAGUAUGUCAGUCCGAGGGAAGCAGGAUUUAGAAAUUCAAGGUCCUCGACUUAACAACACAAAAGAAGAGAAAACAUCUGUUAAAUAUGGCCCUGAUCGACGUUUAGAUCCCAUAAUCACAGAAGAAAUGCCACUGUUGGAGGUGUUCUUUAUACAUUUUCCUACAGGGCUCCUCUGUGGAGAAAUCCGAAAAGCAUAUGUAGAAUUUGUCAAUGUCAGCAAAUGUCCACUUACUGGAUUGAAGGUUGUUUCUAAACGUCCAGAGUUCUUUACUUUCGGUGGUAAUACUGCUGUUCUAACACCACUAAGUCCCUCAGCUUCUGAGAACUGUAGUGCUUACAAGACUGUUGUGACAGAUGCUACCUCUGUGUGUACAGCACUCAUAUCAUCAGCUUCUUCUGUAGACUUUGGCAUUGGCACAGGAAGUCAACCAGAGGUGAUUCCUGUUCCCCUUCCUGACACUGUUCUUCUACCCGGAGCCUCAGUGCAGCUGCCAAUGUGGUUACGUGGGCCUGAUGAAGAAGGUGUCCAUGAAAUUAACUUUUUGUUUUACUAUGAAAGUGUCAAAAAGCAGCCAAAAAUACGGCACAGAAUAUUAAGACACACUGCAAUUAUUUGUACCAGUCGGUCUUUAAAUGUACGGGCCACUGUCUGCAGAAGUAAUUCUCUUGAAAAUGAAGAAGGCAGAGGAGGCAAUAUGCUAGUCUUUGUGGAUGUGGAAAAUACCAAUACUAGUGAAGCAGGCGUUAAGGAAUUCCACAUAGUGCAAGUAUCAAGUAGUAGCAAACACUGGAAGUUACAGAAAUCUGUAAAUCUUUCUGAAAACAAAGAUGCCAAACUUGCCAGUAGGGAGAAGGGAAAGUUUUGCUUUAAGGCAAUAAGAUGUGAGAAAAAAGAAGCAGCCACACAGUCCUCUGAAAAAUAUACCUUUGCAGAUAUCAUCUUUGGAAAUGAACAGAUAAUAAGUUCAGCAAGCCCAUGUGCAGACUUCUUUUAUCGAAGUUUAUCUUCUGAAUUGAAAAAACCACAAGCUCACUUGCCUGUGCAUACAGAAAAACAGUCAACAGAGGAUGCUGUGAGAUUGAUUCAAAAAUGCAGUGAGGUAGAUUUGAAUAUUGUCAUAUUAUGGAAGGCAUACGUUGUGGAAGACAGUAAGCAGCUUAUUUUGGAAGGUCAACAUCAUGUUAUUCUUCGCACUAUAGGAAAAGAAGCCUUUUCAUAUCCUCAGAAACAGGAGCCACCAGAAAUGGAACUAUUGAAAUUUUUCAGGCCAGAAAACAUUACAGUUUCCUCAAGGCCAUCAGUAGAGCAGCUUUCUAGUCUCAUUAAAACGAGUCUUCACUACCCAGAAUCAUUUAAUCAUCCAUUUCAUCAAAAAAGCCUUUGUUUAGUACCAGUCACUCUUUUACUUUCCAAUUGUUCUAAGGCUGAUGUAGAUGUCAUAGUUGAUCUUCGGCAUAAAACAACAAGUCCAGAAGCACUGGAAAUCCAUGGAUCAUUCACGUGGCUUGGACAAACACAGUAUAAACUUCAACUUAAAAGCCAGGAGAUUCACAGUCUGCAGCUGAAAGCGUGCUUUGUUCAUACAGGUGUUUAUAACCUUGGAACUCCUAGGGUAUUUGCCAAGUUAUCGGACCAAGUUACAGUGUUUGAAACAAGUCAGCAGAAUUCCAUGCCUGCCCUGAUCAUCAUCAAUAAUGUGUGACAACUUGGAAAUUUGUACUGAAAUCCACAGUAAUCAGUUUUUGCUGGAUGGGUUUUACAGCAGUAUUUGAUAUACCUAACUUGUUAUGGAGGUUGAUUGAUAUCUGAUCCCUGCAAAAUACUUUGACUUGUCAUUUUGUUGAUGAUGCAAAGCACGUUGGACUGAGAAUACUUACAUUCUUUUUCUGUAUUUCUUUAAACCCUGAGAAUAAUUUACAUGCUCAUAAUACAGGAUAUCAGCAUAUCUGUGCACCUUAUUAAGCCCCAUCUUAAGAAAACACAAAGUCUAAGUCUGCUGUUACAACUUGUCAAUGGUAUAUGAAUAUUAGGGGAUGAUUCUGAGAAAGGAAAGGCCUUGUUGGCAGUACUCCUGUUAAGCCAUUAGUCUCUAAAUUCCAGCUUUACUGUGAAGUUCUAUAGAGUGUUAAAUACAAAUUUUCCUGUCUUGCUUCACACAGUUCCUUAAAAUCAGUUUUGAACUUUGGUCAUAGAGUCUUCAUAUUUCAGUAUUUGGUGGUCCCUAUGACUUAUACAUAACUUUGUAAAAAGAAAACAAAUUUUUUCUGAUGCUUUGAAUAUAGUUUUGAAAGGAGUUUUGACUUUUUUCCCCUCAUUCAUCUCAGUCUAGAGUGCGCUAUUUCACAAUACGAUUUUUGUCAUUAAAAUUACCAUAUUCUUUAUUAUAUAACGUUAACAAUUGAGUUGAUCUGUUUAAAAUAUAAAUCUCAAUUAAAAAUAAGCUUUUCAAAAAUGUAUUAUAUUUAUAACAAAUAUACUGUAAAUAGAAUAAAGACAUGCUAUUCACUGUA